CCACUCACCCUGCCUCUUCUUGUCUGCAGGCUGGGUCCCCACGCUCUUCGGCCUUUUUGUGCUGCUGGGGGUCUUGCCCACUGGGGCACCCACCUGCCCCAUGCUCUGCACCUGCUACUUCUCGCCACCCACGGUCAGCUGCCAGGCCAACAACUUCUCGUCGGUGCCCCUGGUGCUGCCCCCUAAUGCCCAGCGCCUCUUCCUGCAGAACAACCUGAUCCGGUCCCUGCGGGCAGGUACCUUCGGGCCCAGCACAGUGACACUGUGGCUCUACUCCAACAACAUUUCCUCCAUCCAGCCUGGCACUUUCCGUCAUCUGCCUGCCCUAGAGGAGCUGGAUCUGGGGGACAACCGGAACCUGCGCAGUCUGGAACCAGACACCUUCCGGGGGCUGGAGCGCCUGCAAUCCCUGCACCUCUACCGCUGCCAGCUCAGCAGCCUGCCCAGCACCAUCUUUCGUGGCCUCUUCAGCCUCCAGUACCUCUAUCUGCAGGAGAACAGCCUUAUGUACCUGCAGGAUGACCUGUUUGUGGACCUGGCCAACCUGAGCCACCUCUUCCUGCAUGGCAACAAGAUCCGGCUGCUGUCAGAGAACGUCUUCCGAGGAUUGUGGGGCCUGGACCGGCUGCUGCUGCAUGUCAACCGGCUGCACUCGGUGCAUCGCUGGGCCUUCCGUGACCUGGCCAAGCUCACCAUCCUCUAUCUCUUCAACAACAGCCUGGCUGUGCUGCCAGGGGAGACACUGGCUGACCUGCCCUCCCUGGAGUUCCUGCGCCUCAACAAUAACCCCUGGGCCUGUGACUGCCGUGCCCACUCUCUCUGGGCCUGGUUCCAGCACACCCGGGUCUCUAGCUCGGACGUGACCUGUACCAGCCCCGCUGAGCACCGGGGCCGUGACCUGAGGCGCCUCAGCCAGGCUGAUUUCAGGGCCUGCCCCCCUGCCAACCAUAACCAUGCCCCUGCCCGGCCUGCCCCAGGUACCAAGCCCAAGUGGGGUGAGGAGGCUGUGGCUGGACGUCCCAGAGGCAAUGGUUCCUCCAACCACCUGUAUGGGCUGGGGGAGGUUGGGGCACCCCCAGCUGACCCCUCCUCUUUCUACCGGGACCUGCCGGCCAAUGAUAUCCGCAGCCCCAAGUACGACUCUCCCACUGAGGAUGACUACUGGAAUGGCUAUGGCAAUGAAGAGGGGCGCCUCAAGGAGGGUUGCACAGGUGCAGCCUGCUCCCCGCUGGACUCUGGGGCCCGUCGACCAGGUGCGCUGUCCACAGCCCUGUCCUGCCUAGUGCUGCUGCUGCGGUCCCUCCGGCUCUGACUGGCCCCUGGCAGACUUCUGCGGACUAAGGAGACAGUGCAUGCAGGGCUGGGGCACAGGCCCCUAUCAGUUGACUGAGGGAGCAGAGGGUUGGGCGUACUUGCAGAACUCAUGGGCAAACUGCUCUCCCUAGGGCACAUGCUGUUGCUGCUUGGAUGGGGAUUGGAUGAGCCAGGGAAUCCUUUCCUUGCCCCUACCCCCCAUACCCAUCAGUAGGCCCUGAGAUGCCAACGUGCUGUGGGGCCAGCACGUUCCAUCUGAUACUCCCUCACGUAUCCUAAGGGCCUCCCCAUUUCAUGUCCUUACACUGGUUGUCCUCAUUAAUGCUGGUGCAGGCUGUACUCUUUCCCCCACCCCCUACCACCAAGAUGGGCAAGGGAGAUAAAGGUCCCCUGCCCCUGGCUGCGGAGGCUCUAGGUUGGAGGUGAGGCAAGGUCUAGCUGCUCUCUACCAUCUUCUUCCCUGCCUGCAAAGGGUGCUAAAGUCUAAUCUGUUGAAGUGAGGGGGGGAUAUGGGAAGGAGUAGUGUCCCUUCACCUACCCUAAACGCUAUCCUGCCUCUUUCCCCCCCCCCCCCCCCCACAUACAAAGGAGAAUUCCAGCCUGGCUGCCUCCUGGAGAGGGAGGGAGCAUCAUCCCCCUCUGAUUCAACUUGCCCUACCCACCCUGGUGUGUCAGGGGGCUGGCAAUGGCCUGUGAGACUUCAAGGCCCCUAUCAUCCUAUCCGCAGCUCCCACACUCUGCAGCCCUGAGCCCAUGGUCUCCCUGCAGGCACUCUGUUCCUGUGCUGAACGUUUCUUUUUGCUCCCCUCCCUCUUCCUAAGAAGCAAAAAAAAAAAAAA